CAUUUAGCACAAGGGUUUGUUCCGUUCCUUUCGAUAAGCGAGACGUAAAAAUAUGUUCGUUACACCGCGUCGAAACUCCAGUGAAGGACCUUUGUGCCACUCCACACCGAGGUCCGAUAGAUACGAACCUCGACCGAAGCCCAACCUUCCCGUGAGCGUCUAUGGCUGGUACCGAGUGCUCAUAUUCAGCAGCGAUCGUCGACAGUCCAUCAACCGAGUGAUGAGGCAACUCCGGAGGAGCCUGUGUCCGCUGAAGCUGGACCCCCGUUACCUGCACUCCGGCGGGGAACCUGAUGUGGCUGAGGACUUCGGCGCCUUAUGCACGUUCUACGUCGACGGGUACAACAUAGCGAGCGCCCUGUUUCGCCUCGGACGGCUUGAUGAACGGGUGUGGCUGAUGGUCAGCGACCGGAUGCCCCGGAUCCGGAUCGAUUCGGAAUACCGGAGGCGGCUGAGGCGGGUGCUCCUGACCAGAUAUGACCGCCAGCAGCGCAGCCUGGACCUCACUCUGUUCCACAACGACGAGGCCUGGCGUGGCGAAUUCUGCGCCCUAGCUCAGCCGGACUGCAUGAGCACGGUGAUCGGCAUUAUGGAGCGGGAGAUGCCGGAGCUGGGGCGUUUGAUUCUGGACCGGAACCACCUGACCCACCUGUGGCCCUUCGACCGAAUCGAGCGGCGUCUGCCGCGGCUUCAGUGCGUCUCCCUGAAAUACAACGACAUCGAAAGCCUUUACUUGCUGCGCGUCUUCCGAUUUCUGACCCUAGUCGAGCUGAACCUCGAGAGGAAUCUGCUUCCGGCAGGCUACGAAAGGGACGUUCCAUAUCUAUGGCCGAGCCUGGAGGUGCUCAAUGAAAGUCCAGUGGAGCAAACGUACGGGUACUAGUCGGGUUCAGAAAGCUUUUGAUGCAAAACAAUGGUGACUACGACCAUGCGGUUUGGGUUUUCUAUAGAAUGAGUGAUCACGAUCUAUUAGUUAAAAAAUUAUGUUUUGUUGUUUCUGGUUUAUUUGUGGAUUCUAUUAAAAUUUGGUUAUGUUUCCCAAA